UAUAUAAGGGGAUGGUGGUGCUAUCAUUCGCAGUGGAGCACGUUCUCUUCGCUGAUUGAAGGCAUCCAUUCAAAAAAUUGCAAUUCUCCGUUCGGUCUUUCGACAACGUUCCCAGGAUUAAUUGAUCGAAGAGAUUCGUUUUCGAGGAAACUACGAGCCAUAAUGGACACGAAAGAUUUCAUCGAUUUUGGCAAGGCGACCGUCGAUUUAUUGGCCAACUACACGGAUACUUUGAGGGACAAGAACGUGCUUCCGGAUGUCGAGCCUGGAUAUCUGAGCGAAUUAUUACCCGAGGAAGUUCCGCAGAAACCGGAUACGUGGCAGGAGGUGUUGAAAGACGUCGAGCGAUACAUCAUACCUGGGUUGACUCAUUGGAAUUCACCGCAUUUCCACGCAUUUUAUCCGACCGCGAACUCCUAUCCGGCAAUUGUGGGUGAAAUGAUGAGCGCAGGCAUGAGUUGCAUAGGAUUUUCAUGGCUUGCUUCACCUGCGUGUACCGAGCUCGAAGUUAUCACGAUGAAUUGGCUGGGGAAACUAGUAGGAUUGCCCGAUGAGUUCCUGAAUUACAAGGGAGGCUCCGGAGGAGGCGUUAUACAGGGAUCGGCGAGUGAAACCACCUUCCUGUGUUUCUUAGCAGCAAGGGAACAAACUGUGCAUCGCGUGAGGCGUCUUCAUCCAGAAUAUAGCGAAGACUACAUCAGGUCUAAAUUGGUCGCCUAUACAUCUGAUCAAUCGAACUCCUCGGUGGAGAAGGCGGGAAUUAUAAUGGCGAUACCCAUGAAACUCGUACCGUCCGACGACAAGUACUCUCUUCGAGGCGAAACGUUGUUGAAAGCGAUCAAGGAAGACCUGGAGAAUGGCCUCAUACCGUGUUACGUCGUGGCCACUUUGGGUACCACGGGCACCUGUGCCUUCGAUAACCUUCAAGAACUGGGACCAAUUUGCAACGAGUACAACAUCUGGUUGCACGUAGAUGCUGCUUACGCAGGCGCUGCUUUCGUCUGCCCCGAGUACCGGUACUUGAUGUCUGGCGUUGAGUAUGCCGACUCCUUCAACAUUAAUCCGCACAAAUGGCUGCUCGUUAAUUUCGAUUGUUCCACGCUCUGGCUCAAAGACGCCAGGCGACUCGUCGAGGCUCUUAGUAUAGACAGAAUUUACCUGGCGCACGAUAAACAAGGACUCGCUCCAGAUUACAGAAACUGGCAAAUUUCAUUGGGCCGACGCUUUCGUUCCCUGAAACUGUGGUUCGUGUUGCGUCUUUACGGAGUGGAGGGCUUACAAAAGCACAUAAGAGAAACGAUAAAAUUGGCCGAGAUGUUCGAACGAUACGUGAAAGACGACAACAGAUUCGAAUUGGCGACGGAGAGGGCUAUGGGGCUGAUUUGCUUCAGGUUAAAGGGUGACGAUCGAUACACCGGGGAACUUCUCGACCGCGUGACAGCCGAGAAAAAGAUCUACGUGGUUCCAGCAACGAUUCGCGAUAAAUUGGUCAUUCGUUUCGUCAUUGGUAGCCGCUUGUGCACAGAGGCAGACAUAGACUUCGCAUGGAACCAGUUCACGAAACAUGCGACGGACAUCCUGCGGUCGCAACCGAUCGAGAACGCCAUUCGUCCUUCCGUUCAGGAAAAAUCCUUGAACGGCAUAGCGACCAGACUAGAAAAUUUGAAUUCCGAGUCGAAGAUCCAAAAGAUAUCGUAGAAUUAAUUAAGAAAAAAGUACGUAAGAACCGACGAAGCUUUUCGAUACUCGAUGACGGUGAAAUUGUCGAAUAAAAAUAUCACUCAUUUUGGCAAUUCGAUAAACAUUUGAUGGAAAAUAGUACAAAUACGGACUAAAAUGAAUCGCUGUACUAAUUAAUUAUUCAGGUAUACGAUGACACGUUCAACUCGAACCGGAUGGAAGGAGACCAUGUGUGAUUUAGUUUAAAUACAAACAUUAACAUCUUCCCUUUAAGAAUAAAUAUUUAUAACAAACUUUCCCCCUCUCUCUAACAUUUUCACUCAUAGUUCGCCGCUGUUAGGCGCUGUACUUGGAAUAUUGUUACGAAAUGUUUAAAUUGUUGUACGUUACAAAUACGUGCAACAAGUAUCAUGUAAAACUGUCGAAACGCAAUAAAU